AUGGUUGGUGCGAUUCCCUUGGUUGGGAAAACGAAGAUCAAGAAGAAGACCCCUGAGAAGAGGGUUACAUUUACUGAGCCCGAGCCGAAGAGGCCGAAGAUCACCAUUAAAUCUUCCCAGACUGUUGGGGUUGAGUCUGCUAAGGAGAAAAAUGUUGCUGAGAAGGAUGUGGCGAAGGCUGAUGAGGCGCAGAGAAAAGCUGAGGAGCGUCGGAAGAAGAUUGAGGAAGAGAAAAAGAGGAAAGCUGAGGAAGAUAGGAGGUCUGAAGAGGCGAAAAGGAAGAAGGCUGAGGAGGAGAAGAGGGCUGAAGAGGCGAAGAGGAAGAAAGCCUCUGAUGUGGAGAAGGAGAGAGAGCAGAAGAAGGCUAUGGAAAAGCCUAUUAAUGAUCCUGAGUUUGAGAUCACUAAGGGUCCUGAGAGGAGGAAAGAGCCUGAGGUUGCGAAACCUACCCACCCCGCGCAUACUGAGGUUCUUGAUCGCACAAAUAUAGUUUCCACCAAGGGGUCGGGUCGGUAUGUUUCCAGUGGCGCAAGCUCUGGUGGCGCUGGGGGCUAUAACCCGCAAGUUAUUGGGGCGAAGGAUACCCUUGGUGAUAUCUACUACAAAAGCUAUACCGAGGAAGACCGUGGUAGCGCUCCUCACCAAGCUCCCUGGGGUUUGAAGCAAAGGGACACUUUUCAAGAAUUUAGGCCCUUCCGCGAUUGGUUCUUAAACUCCUUUACUCCCGGUGAGGUUAAUCGGCAGAAGGCGAAGACCCAUGAAAGCUUGUAUCGAACGUACGUGAUCGAGGAGGCCAAUACUCGCGCCGCUAAUCAUCAAAUUGUUCGUGAGUGGCGAACGAUGGUUAGGGAGCGGGCGGAUUGGGAGAGUUAUCGCGAGCGGAUGUUGAAGCGUAUCAGCGAUUUUGAGAAGUCAAAAGCCGCCUUUGAUGAGGAGAAGGCCAAGUUUGACGCGGACAAGAAAGCAGAGGAAUGGGGGCGUGAGGGCCUAAAAAAUAAACUUCAAGUUGCUGAACAGCAACUGGCCAAGGAGAAGGCCGAGUUUAAGCGCAUAUGCGAGAAAGAUAAUGAGCGCGCGUUCGCGGCUCGAAACAAGAUUGUUGAGCUUGAAGCCAAGAUUGUUGAGCUUACUGCGAAGGUUGAGGAUGCGCAGGCUGAAAAGGUUGCCAAGCAGCAGAUUGAGGUUGAGUUGGCUGACGUGAAGUUGCAGUUGUCCAGCAAAGAUAAGGAUCUACAGGCCAAGGAUGUCGAGAUCGCUGAGCUGAAACGCCGCCUGAAUGACCAGAUUGAUAGAUGCGAGUCCUUGGAAAUCGACCUCGAAGCGGAGAAAGUUAAGGCUGCCACUGCUGAAGAGGCGCGUGCUGUCAGUACCGCCGCCCUUAAUGUAGCGCAGACUGACUACUCUGAGGCGCAAGGCAUCGUUGAUACACUUGUCUCUGAGGCCGAUUGGAUGAGCAGUCGCGGAGUAGUGCUGGUUGCCAACUCUAUCCUCAACGCUGGAGAGCUAGAUCGCACUGUUGCUGCUCUGACAGAUGAUGCGCGCGCAGUAGGUCAUCGAGGGGGGUAUCUGGAAUGUGCCCUGCAUGUUGAGGAGGUGUUUGGACAAGAGUUUGACGUGAGCCAUUGCUCGGUGACCGACCAGGCUAAUGCCGAGUUGACGCGUGCUGAGAGUUCUUAUAAUAACCUUACAUUGCCUGUAAUGGACUUAGUUGUGGAGGCUCUAAAGAAAGACGACUGGUGUCAACGCCUCAAGGCCAUUCUCGAUCCACCGAUAACUGUUGAACUAUCAGAUGAGGAGGAGCCAGCUGGCGAUGACGGUGGAAAUGGUGAUGAUGACGGUGGAAACGAUGAUGAUGGCGAUGAUGAUGGUGAUCAACGUGAUGAACUUGAAUAG